AAUACGAAAUCUUCAGUAGCUGUUAAGGAUCUGUUUCGACUGAAAAACGUCAUUUUUAUUAUUUUAUCAGCCUAUGUACAUCUGGAACUUACUGAAAAUUUCUUCCUUUGUUUAAUCGAAGUAAGUAGAUUAGAUAUAUUUUCAGAUAUGUAUUAGUAUUGAUCUGUUUGAGUUAUUAAAUUUUAAUAAGAUAUGUUAGGAAUGUGAAUCAUAGGUAGAUCGAACACGAUUCAUUUAAAUAGCUUUCAAAUUACUAAUAUAUUGUUCAAUUCGGUAGUUACUUUAUAAUUGAUAACUUAAAGAGGCGAUGAAAAUGUCGGCUUUCGAUAACAGGUGUCAUAAAACUUGUUGUCUAUAGUUUUAAUCCAGUACUGGGCCUACAACUCGGCUUGUAUAGGAGUGUAAAACCGCCUACGAAAAAAAUAGUUUAUGAAUAGAAUUUAGAGGCAAAUAAACUUAUUCAAAAACCGUAUGAACGAUGUUUGCUUAGUGGAACAUUGCCGGCACAGUCUUUAUAUUCUCAGACUUAUACAAUAUGUGACUCGGCACCUCUCGGCGCAGGAUGUCGUCAGUAUAGUAUACAACAAUUAAAAUAGCUUGCUUUUGUUGUGGCGAAAUAUUUUUUCCAAGACCAUAGUAGUCCUAUAAUCUUGAGCACAUAAAUAUACAAGGAUGAAUGAAGAAACUAAUAUCCAAAAAACCGGGCGACAGUUUAGGAUUACUGCUCCUGAAGAUUUACAGGAAGAGGCAAGAAAAACUAUUGCGGUCAUGGAAGAGCAGAAGCAAGUCAAAGCCCUUAUGACCAACGACAAUGAUUGGGCAGCUAGUUUGGGCAACUGGAAAAUGAAAAUGAGACGAAAAUCCACAACAAAAACUUUAGAGGAGGAAGAGCAUGGCGAAGAAUUACCAAAUAAACAAUCAAGCAAAACAUUUGAUCAUAUAAUAAAAACAAAUAGAAUACGAAAUAUGUAUCCCUAUGGUGAUGAGAUAGAAAGUGAGCAACCAAAAAAGAAAAGUGAACCUGAGGUGAUAAAUAAAGAUGAAAUACCUGAUUGGGAUGGAGGAUUUGAAAAAAAAGAAGAGAAGAAAGUGUGGAAGCCAAAGGUGCCGUUUCAACCAUCUAAACCUGAAGAAAAAAAGCCAAAAGCGUCUACGAAAUACUCAUCCCCAAAAUCCUCAGUUCGGAGUGUGUUUUUAAAGGAUGAUUCGCCAAAAACCAAUUAUGGAUUUACUACUGCGGAAGACACUUUUUCGGGAUCCCCGAAUAAAUUCUCAGAUAGUUCAGUUGUCAAAAAUGAAGUGCCAAUCACUUCUCUAAAGAAUAAUGUUUUAUCUAAGGAACCACCUAGCAGCCCAAGAAAUGGACAUAAACACCCACCUGUGACACCCCGUGGUAAGGGGAAUGUUUCAGCCAAAGGGAAAUUCUUUGAAGAAAAAUUUAAAGAGCAGCCCUCAUCAUCACCCCCUCCCGUUCAACCUAAACCAAUUGAAACUUCGCCCUACCGCUUUUCUAUUGAUAAACAAACAUCAGAUGAUGAACCUCGUCUAAUUCGACGAGGAUCUCCUGACUCUGGAAUUGAUGGAGGUGCUAAUUUUGGUGGUUCAUCCACACCUGGAUCUGUUAAAACGACAGAUGAUUAUGUUGAUCUAUCAGAAGCUAAUAUGGCCGAAUUAAAAAGAUCAAAAUUAAACUCUUCUCCAAAAAAUGGAGCAGGCGAAAAGCUUUUUCACGAAAAGAAUAUUAGAAUCAAUUUAAACGGAAUAACUACUAAAAAGUUUGGCUUCACUUUAAGAGGCGGCAGAGAGGAUAAUCAACCUUUACAUAUAGGAAAGGUGCAAAUGGGGUCUGCAGCAGAUAUUAAUGAAUUAGAAGAAGGUGAUGAACUCGUGACUGUUAAUAAUAAACCCGUAGCAGAUCGUAAUAGGAAUUCCAUCGAAGAUCUGAUCUCAUCUAUCGAAAAGGAGAAUUCCCCAUCAGUAACCCUAACUAUAAGACGUUCUAUGUCUAAAGACGAAAUGUGCGCGUUUUCCGAUUCGGAAGAAGGCAGCAUGGUGGAACAUAAUAUAAGUGAAACAGAGCACCAACAAGAGGUUGCUCACUUAUCUUCAACCGAUCAAAUCCCGCGUCAAGAUGAAUGUCGGGAUUCAGUCAAGAAUCCCGUCGCUGAAAGCGACGUCAUUGUUGAAGAGGAUGACAUUGAGGAGCCUCCUCUACCUGAUACCCUACCGCCAGAGCCUGAUUGGUCAACUAUGCCGCAAAGAAAAUUGUCAAAUGCCUCCUUAGAGGACCUUCUUCCCGAUCCAGUUGUUGAAGAGUCUCAGCCGCCGUUAUCGAUUAAAGAAGAAAUGCUUAAGAAAAAAUCCUUUUUCUUGGGUAGACCUAUUGAUCAGUUACAAGAAUACGCUCAAUUAAAGACUAUCAAUAGCACGGCCGAUCGCGACUGUGUUCCGUGUUUUGACAAGUCAAUUAUUCAAUCUUCUUCAAUUGUUGAUGACCUUUUAAAAAAGAGACCAGAAGAGAAAACUUGGCCCUCGCCACCUCCCGCACCUGAAAAGACACCGGCCGAAACACUUUAUAACUAUAUUGACGAAGAGCCUCCUCCGUUCAAAGAGAAACCAAAUAUGAUGUUUCAAGAACAGAAACGCUCAACUCUCCCAAGAGACUUCGGUAGUGAUCGAUAUUCCACCUGGAACGAUAAGAAAAGCCGUAAAGAGUCAGUAGGUGACGAAAUUGAAGAAAUGAUAAGUCACGCUCAAGACGCCUUAGGUUCAGAGAGGAAUAGGACUUUCAUGGAAGAGUUAUCUGAACACAAUAAACCUGCAAGUUACCCACCAAAAAGUUCAAUGCCUGAAAAUGAGCGCCAUAACGAAAAACAAAUGAAGGAACCGAAACAUACCCCUUUCCGAAGACAAUUUGUUGAUGAAGAUUUUACACGUAAACCUCAACCCAGUCAAUCAAAUCUCCCAGAGUAUAAACUAGAAUCUAGCGAUUUCACAUCACCUAAACUAUCAGGAAUAGGACGAAUAAAUGAGACUGUAGAUAGAAGCAAGCAACCAAAGCAGCUAUUUCCAUCAAAGAGAUCUUUUGAAGUUCAAACUGACAGAAAAAAAAUGCCAAUGCCUUAUAGACCUGAAGCUCGACACUUACAAGCAUCCUCAUCUGAUUCUCAACUGUCUUCUAGAGAUACAUACACUGUGAGAAGAGAGGAAGACCCCCGUGAGAAAGUUCAUAAACUGAAACUGCAAGACGAAGCUAAAGAGUCAAAAUUUAGAGUAAAACGUGACAACGAUAAUAUAGAAAAAAAGGAUGGAUUUCAAUCUUUCUCAGAUGUUCCUACUUCAUACUCAAGUUCACGCGAGAUACCAAAAAAGCGUUAUGAAAACAUACCUUUUGAACAACAACGUCCACCAAUAGCAUCUGCAUUUUCUUACUCUACAUCAGAGUUAAGCUCUCUACCAAAAAAUAUCAAAGCUGGCCAUCAAGUUUCUCGUUCCGUUGAUUUGUCUUUUCCUUCUCAAAGAUCUUUAGAUGAUCACUAUCGAAGACAAUCAAAUGCGUCAGACUACGGCCAGUCAUUAAAUAAUAAUUUUAGACAAGAGGAGGAAAAGCAGCCACCAAAACUUUCGAAUUGGUCUAAACCAAAACCUUUACCACCAAGCUUUCGAUCAUAUAAUCCUCCUUCUCCUACUCGUUCCGAUGGACCGGCAAGAAUUCCUUGCGUAAGCGCUCAGGAGAAAUGCCAAGGUUGUGGGGAGGUCUUAGGCUCCGGAGCAGCAAUGCUUAUUGAGUCUUUAGGAUUACAUUAUCAUUUGAACUGCUUCAUUUGCAGUGUUUGUAGAGAACAGUUGGCCUCAGGAUACGAUAAAGGUGCAGAUGUUCGGGUUAGAGGGAAAAAAUUACACUGUCAAGACUGCUAUUCUAAUGAACAAGGUAUUUGA